UCUCCUAGAAAAUGAGAUUCCUUACACUGAUCGCCACUCUUCUCGUGCUUUUCUCCACUGCCAACGCUUAUUAUCUCUACUAUUACUACCCGAACAACGGUUACAACAACAAUAACAAUAACGGAUACACGACUUAUUACUACUACCCGAAUAAUAAUAAUAAUAACAAUAAUGGUCAAACUUAUUACUAUUACGAUAACAAUGGAUACAAUAAUGGUUGCUCCGGCUGCAGUAACAAUAAUGGAUACACUUACUACUACCCGAGCAACAGCAAUGGAUACACUACUUAUUACUUGACUUAUGGAAAGAAGUGAUUUGUCUGAAUUUGAACAAAUAAAGAAAUUUUAAAAUU